UAGAGGUCGAAGCGGCUCGAUUGAAGAAAGGGAUGGCGGCCAGCGGCGGUGCUGUUCGAUGCCAAAGGAUCGGAUGCGACGCCAUGUUCACCGAUGAAGACAACGCUGAAGGCUCCUGCCGAUACCACGAUUCUGGGCCUAUAUUUCAUGAUGGUAUGAAAGAAUGGAGCUGUUGCAAGCAAAGAAGUCAUGAUUUUAGCUUAUUUUUGGCAAUUCCAGGAUGUAAGACAGGUAAACAUACAACUGAGAAACCAGUUACGAACAUUGUGUCUGCAAACACUCGAAAGCCAGUGCCAGUUCAGUCUCCUGCUCAAAAUAAGAAUAGUGUUGAUUCUUGUUCAAGGUGCCGCCAAGGUUUCUUCUGCUCUGAUCAUGGCUCACAAGGGAGACCUUCAAAGCCAAGUGUGGUCAUCGAGACAACAGAUACUGAGAAAAGUCCUGCCCCAGUUAAGAAAAAAGUUGGGAUAAAUGAACCCCAGACAUGUAGAAACAAAGGAUGUGGGAAAACCUUCAAGGAGAAGGACAACCAUGAAACUGCAUGUGAAUACCACCCAGGCCCAGCAGUUUUUCAUGACAGAUUGAGAGGGUGGAAAUGCUGUGACAUCCAUGUGAAGGAGUUCGACGAGUUCUUGAGCAUACCUCCAUGCACAAAAGGUUGGCACAAUGCAGAUGCUGCAUGACUUUGAGUAACCUAGCAUUCACAAGUGUCUGCUGUGUUCUGUUUGGCACCCAUAAUUCUGUGUCCUGGAUUUGAAUGUGUUCUGCCCUUUUUUUCUUUUCGCCCGAAAACCGCAACUUAUGUUUGCUUAAACCUGAAACAGAUUUGAACCAAUAUAUCAUUCUCAUCAGGGUCUUCAUUCU